GGGGUUUUGAACGCAAGCAAAGAUGUCGUCUUGUGAUGCGAGACCGUCCCCGAAGCGCCGCGUGUCCAAGGCCGGGUUUGAAGAUGCCAAUGCGAUGGGGUUGCUCCUCGACAGCUUUGCGGCGACGAACAGCCCCAAGCGUCACAACUACGGCAACGGCAGCAUGUCGUACGAUGAGCCCGCCUACCCCAAGAGCGUGAGCCUUCUGCGCCAAGUGCCGUUUAAAAUUCUCGUGCCCGACAACACACCGCUGUCGUGUGAGAAGAGCAGUAUGAGUGCGCUCUUUCCGGCGACGCUCACACCGAAAGCUUCAUCCAAGCCGUGCUUUACCCCAACGCCGACCGCGACACCAACUUCGACCGAGUUUGACGAACUCCCCGACUCGAGCCUCGACUUUCUCUCGCAUUCGCCCGAGUACAACGACAGCAUGUCGCCAGCGCCCUUUGAUAGCGACGCGACGCUCGAGGUGCUCGGUGAUGCCACGACCGCGCCGACGUUUGACCUCUCGAACUGCAUACCGCCGGCGCCGUCGCUCCAGGACAUGGCCCAAAACAUGUAUGCGAUGGACAACCUCAUGGGCUACCGCCGGCUGCAGAUGCCGCCGUACCCGGGCAUGUUUGACGGCCUCGACCCGCAACACCACCACCACCAUCAUCACCACGCGCUGCUUGGCGCCCCCGUUGUGCACCCCGGCAGUUGGUGCGAGCGCGAAGACAAGCAGCUCCGAAAAGCCAUCAAGAACCUUGGCACAAAGAACUGGAAGCAAGUCGCAAUGAUGCUCAACACGGGCAAGACCGACGUACAGUGUCUGCACCGUUGGAACAAGGUCCUCAAGCCCGGCCUUUUGAAAGGCGCGUGGAGUGCCGAGGAGGACGACGUGCUCCGGUCGCUCAUGCUCAAGUUCGGCGUCGGCAACAUUCGCUGGGCCGACGUCGCCAACCACAUUCAGGGCCGCACCGGCAAGCAGUGCCGCGAGCGUUGGCGCAACUGUCUCAGCCCCGACAUCAACAAGGGCGAGUGGUCGGCCAUGGAAGAUGAAGUCAUGUUCCGUGCGCAGCAGCGCAUGGGCAACCGAUGGAGCGAGAUCGCCAAGCUCCUUCCGGGCCGCACCGAGAAUGCGAUCAAGAACCGUUGGAACUCGAGCGCGCGCAAAAACUGGUUUUCCAAGCAGCAAGCCAACGGCACGUCGGCAGAGUCGCUCCAAGACGACGACUGCUGCGACGACAUGAGCGAGACGGCAUCGUCGUCGCCUGCCCCGUCGACCAGCGACAGCAUCGACGAUGCCCAUUUCAACUUUAACGACCUCGCCAAAGCCGUCGAGUCGUCGUCGCCGAUGCAGCACCGUGGGCGAAGCGACAGUGUCAACUCCAUGAGCAGCAGCGUUGUAGACGAGCUCGAGUUCCUCGUUGGCGACGAAGAGAGCGGCAGCUUUGCCGACGGCUUGCUCUUGGGUACGCACGACCUCAUGGACGCAGAUCUGAGCUUGCUCUUUGACGCGGUCGAGCAAGACUUUGCAGACGCCGACGGCAGCGACGAGGCCAGCACGACGUCCGCGGCAUAGUUAGGAUUUUUGAAUGUGUCGCGUCGAGACUCGCAUCGAGAAGCAGCCGCUAGGAAUUAGCACUAAUUAAUAAGACAACAUCCCCAAAAAUGACAAUCGUUG